CACUCCUAUAAAUACGGCCAUGAAGACACAGCAAGAAGUGCACAAUUAGAACAAGAAGAAGAAAUUGUUCUAAGGCAAAAAGACAUGUCUACUAUAUGUUUCCCUGAGCACCCUUCUCCUGUUGCUGAUGCUGAAGCUCUCAGAAAAGCUUUCCAAGGAUGGGGAACUGAUGAAAAAGCCGUGAUUUCAAUACUUGGAAGGAGAAAUGCGACUCAGAGAAAGCUGAUCAGACAAGCGUACGAGGACUUGUACCAGGAAGAUCUUGUCAAGCGCCUUGAGUCUGAGCUCUCCGGAGACUUUGAGAGAGCUGUGUAUCGAUGGAUAUUGGAUCCAGAAGAUCGAGAUGCUGUACUCCUGCACGUCGCAAUCAAGAAGACGCCGGUGCCUGAUUACCGCGUAAUCAUUGAAAUUUCAUGCAUUCAUUCGCCGGAGGAGUUUUUAGCUACAAAGCGUGCUUACCAAGCACGCUACAAGCGUUCCUUGGAAGAAGACUUGGCUCAACACACCUCAGGCGACAUUCGCAAGUUUUUGGUUGGUUUGGUGGGCAUUUACAGGUACAGAGGAGAAGAGAUCACUACAAAAUUGGCAAAUUCUGAGGCUGAUAUUCUCCAUAAAGCUAUUACAGAAAAAGCUUUCAGUCACGACGAAGUUGUCAGAAUCAUAUCGACAAGGAGCAAAGCCCAAAUCCUAGCAACCUUAAAUCACUAUAAAGAUGAUCAUGGUGCAUCGAUUACUAAGCAUUUGAGAGGCGACCCGUGUAGUGACUAUUUGUCUGCCUUACGUACUGCUAUCCGUUGCUUCACUGACCAUGAAAAGUACUAUGAGAAGGUAAUUCGCCAAGCUCUGAACCGCCCCAGUACCGAUGAAGAGUCACUGACACGCGUGGUGGUAACGCGAGCUGAGAAAGACCUGAAGGAGAUUAAGCAGCUUUACCAGAAGAGGAACAAUAUCAGUCUUGAUCAUGCAGUUGCUAAAGAGACUUCGGGGGACUACAACGCCUUCCUCCUCACUCUGCUCGGAAAACAAGAUUAAUGUAAUUUGGGGACUGUUUUAAUUUAAUUUUCUAUGUUUUAUUUGAGUUUGUGAACUGAAAAUGGUGGCUAUGGAUGCCUAUUAUGUUUUCGCUAUUCGAUUUCGGAGGAAUAAAUAAUUAUAUUUCUUUUUAUAU